AUGGCUGUAUCAUUUGAAUAUGAAGUUGUUUUAGCCAAAAUACAGUGUCUCCUUUCGGAUAGCGAUCGAGAGCGAUUGUAUUUUCUCCUCGACAACGAUAUUCAAGAAACUUUCCGGAAGAACUAUGCAAUUAGCAAAGCAUUUCAUGUGCUUGACUUUUUUCUCCAAAAGAGCACCAUAAAUAACCAAGAUUGCGAUCUUAUCAUUGAAGCAUUCAUGGCUAUUCAUUCUCACGAUACUGUGAAGCGAUUAAAAGAGUAUCAAACAAAUCAAGCGAACGGAAAUCAACAAGCUGUCUCGAUUGAACAGAUCCUAUCACAGAACAAUGAAAAUCCUACCGUGCCUGAUCAAUUUCUACCGAGAAUAAAUACAGAAUUCUCAAGCCUCUUUCUACAUACAAGUACCAACAGUACAACACCAACAAACACGUUUGACUUAGUGUCAAAUAAAAAACAAGGGAAUACUAAUCAACCUCGACGGAAAAUUUGUCAACGGAUUUUAAUUGGCAUUAUUGUUCUAAGUGUAACUAGUCUUCCAUUAGUGAUUGUCGUAUCGCAGAGAUACAUCGAACGAAUUUCCAAACUCAGGCAAGCCUCCAGACUCAUCAACACCGGCUGGAACUACUAUAUGGCUACAGAGUACUCCAAAGCACUUCAAAGCUACAAGAACGCUCUGUGGAUUCAAAUGAAAAUAUUCUCCCAACCUCAUUCAGAUUUGACAACGACAUACAACCGCAUCGGUUUGGUCUACCAUGAUUUGGGGAACUACCCAAAAGCUCUUGAAAGCUAUCACAAGGCGCUCGAAAUUCAAAUAAAAGUUCUUCCGUUGUCUCAUCCCAGUAUUGCAACAAUCUACAACAGCAUCGGUUUGGUUUAUUCUGAUAUGGGUGAGCACUCAAGAGCUCUCGAAAACUACGAGAAGGCACUCGAAAUUCAGGAGAAAACGCUACCAACAUCUCAUCUGGAUCUAGCUACCACAUACGGUAAUAUCGGUUCCCUGUAUUCUGACAUGGGUCAGUAUUCGAGAGCUCUUGAAUACUACAAUAAAGCUCUGGAAAUUGAGUACAAAGUACUACCGCCGAUUCACCCCAGUCUGGGAAUAAGUUACAACAACAUUGCUUCUAUGUACAAUAACCUGGGUGAGCACCCAAGAUCUCUCGAAAACUACAAGAAAGCGCUUGAUAUUCAGGAGAAAGCGCUGCCGGCGUCUCAUCCAGAUUUAGCUACAACUUACAGCAAUAUAGGUUCCGUAUACUCUAGUGCGGGUCAAUACCUAAGAGCUCUUGAAAACUACAAUAAAGCACUGGAGAUCCAGCACAAAGCACUACCAUCGAACCAUCCCAGUGUUGGAGCAAGUCAUAACGGCAUAGGAUUGGUUCAUUCUCGUAUGGGCAAUUACUCAGCAGCUCUCGAAAGCUAUGAGAAGGCACUUGUAAUCAGACAAAAAACUUUGCCAUGGAAUCAUCCGGAUUUAGCCACGACUUACAACAAUAUCGCUGCUGUGCGCUAUAAAAUGGGUGAGCACUCAAGAGCUCUUGAAAGCUACAAAAAAGUGCUGGAAAUUCAGAACAAAGCUCUGACACCAAAUCAUCCUAGUAUAGCUAGAAGUUACAACAACAUAGGUUUGGUUUAUUUGGAUAUGGGGGAGCAUGUGAGAGCUCUCGAAAAUCUCAACAAAGGACUCGCAAUUUUCAAGAAAGCUCUGCCACCGAAUCAUCCAAGUCUGACAGCAAGUUACAGCAGCUUAGGUGUAGUUUAUUCGGAUAUGAGCGAAUACUCAAAAGCGCUUGAAAAUUACCACAAAGCGCUAAGAGUUGAACAAAAAACCGUGCCACAUAAUCACCUCAGUUUGGCAUCAAUCUACCACAAUGUAGCUUCGAUUUAUUCGGACCUGGGCGAAUAUUCAAAAGCGCUUGAAAAUUACAACAGAGCGCGUGUGUUUCAGCAGAAAGCUCUGCCCCCGAGCCAUCCAGAUUUAGCCAUCACUUACAGCAACAUCGCUGCUCUAAACUUUAAAAUGGGUCAGCAUUCGAGCGCUCUUGAAAACUACAACAAAGCACUGGAAAUUCAACGUAAAGCUCUGACACCGAAACAUCCCAAUGUGGGAGUAACUUAUAACGGCAUCGGAUUAGUUUAUUCUCGUAUGGGCAAUUACUCAGCAGCUCUCGAAAACUAUGAGAAAGCACUUUUAAUUAAACAGAAAACUUUGCCAUGGAAUCAUCCGGAUUUAGCCACGACUUACAGCAAUAUCGCUGCUGUGCGCCAUAAAAUGGGUGAGCACUCAAGAGCUCUUGAAAGCUACAAGAAAGUGCUGGAAAUUCAAAACAAAGCUCUGACACCAAAUCAUCCUAGUAUAGCUAGAAGUUACAACAACAUAGGUUUGGUUUAUUCGGAUAUGGGAGAGCACGUAAGGGCUCUCGAAAAUCUCAACAAAGGACUUGCAAUUUUCAAGAAAGCUCUUCCACUGAAUCAUCCCGAUGUGGCAGCAAGUUACAACAGCAUAGGUUCAGUUUAUUAUAAGAUGGAUGAGCGCUCCAGAGCUCUUGAAAACUACGAGAGAGCACUUGAAAUUGUGCAGAAAGUUUUAUCAAAUAGCCAUCCCAACGUCGCAAAAAUUUACAACCAUAUAGGUUUGGUUUAUUCUGAUAUGGGUGAACGAUCAAGAGCUCUCGAAAACUACGAGAAGGCACUCGAAAUUCAGGAGAAAACGCUACCAACAUCUCAUCUGGAUCUAGCUACCACUUACGGUAAUAUCGGCUCCCUGUAUUCUGACAUGGGUCAGUAUUCGAGAGCUCUUGAAUACUACAAUAAAGCACUGAAAACUAAGCAGAGAGCUUUACCGCCGAUCCACCCCAGUCUGGGAAUAAGUUACAACAACAUCGCUUCAGUGUACUAUGAUCUGGGCGAAUACUACAGAGCUCUCGAAAACUACAAGAAAGCGCUUGAAAUUCAAGAGAAAACGCUAUCGGCGUCCCAUCCAGAUUUAGCCAUAACUUUCAACAACAUCGCUUCCGCUUAUAUGGACAUAGGAGAACAUUCAGGGGCUCUGGAAAACUUUCAUAAGGCAGUUGAAAUUGAAGAGAAAGUUGUACCGCCGAAUUAUGGAAGUUUAGCCAGGGUCUAUAACAAAAUGCGUGUAGCGUACGAAAAUUUGGGGAAGAACAAAUUAUCGGAGGAAUAUCAUGAAAAAGCUAUGGAAAUGGAACGGAAGUCUAAACUGGUCAAAGCUUGA